CGCGUCCUUCCGUCACCUAGGCGACCGGCAGGUGGGCUGAUCAGGUGUGCCGGUACACAGCGAUAGCUAAGUACGGGCCGCAAUCUUUCCCACGCCGCUAUUAUCCUGCGGUUUUACCGAGUACUUGGUUGAUAAACAUCCAUUUAAGGCUGAUUCAAGUGCUGAUGUAAACAACAACAAGGCAGGCGUUGGGAGAAACGCAUCUACAGCUGGUAGACCGACCACCGUGCAAGGAUGGUUCUUCCGUUUGAACACACCAACCUCCUGCACAGUCGGUAUGAUGUCAUCGCCCGACCAGGAAGCGCGUUUGAGCUGCGACGUCCCCCCAAGAUUGACUUGGAACUUCCGACCAACAAGAGCGCAGCGGAAUAUGCCAGCUUUCUGAAAGAGAAAGAACGUAAGGUUGGACCUGAGGGUUUCCUGGACUCGCACCGUUACACCCACACCUUCGAGGUGAAGGAACUGUCUCCGCGCUUCAAGACGUCCUCUCCCCGCCGUGCCUCCUCCGUGGAGACUGUGGUCGACCUUCAGGCCAAGAUCAAGAAGGAUCAGAAGGACUAUGACAAGAGGAUGAAGGUUGUGGAGGACCACAUGUGGCAACACAAGCAGGCUGAGAGGGAGCUGAAGCGUGUGGAGGGAGACGUACUCAAGAAGCAGCGCCAUGUCAAACGGAUGAUCAGGGACCUCGAAAACUCCAUCCAGAAGAAAACCCUGGAGGAAGACAAGAAGCUGAACAAAACCCUGCAGACUCAGGAGCAGCUGCAGAGAGACUAUGUGCACCAGACAGAAGAGAAAACAAAAGAGCGGAUCAACGAGUCAGCAGAGUACAUGCAGCAGUUUAAGGACAAGACGAGGAAGGCUCUCCUUCAUGAGAGUGAGGCAGAGCGACAGUAUAAAGCAAAGCAGGCGGCUAUGGAGCUCUGUCGGACAGAACUGGACCGGAUGAACUUAGAGUUCACACAAAAAAUGCAACAGAAAGAGGAAGAACAAUUCAAGCUGAAAAAGGAGCUGGCCGACCUUGCCAUCAAACUGAACAUGGAUGCACAGAAGAAACGGCAGAUGCAGUUUGAGCAGGGCAGGAUUGGGAGUGAGACGACGAGGAAGAGGAUUCUGGCCAACAGGGAGGCAGACACCACACUGGAGACCAGUCUUGGGAAAGCAGAAGGCGGCACUCGUAGGUUUGAGACUGGGAAGAGGCUGCUGAGUGCAGAGCUGAACACCACACGGUCACAUCUACAAGAGAGGGCACGGGACGAGGCGCGACGUCUUCGGGACUCGCUGAACCUCCUGGACAAGAACGCAGACGUCCAGAGGAAACUGCAGGAGGAGGCCCAGCAGGCAGACCUGGACCUGCGCAGCAAGCAGAUCGACCAGAAGCUGCAGGCACACAACCUGAGGAAGCAGCAGCGCCUGAACGCUCUGGUGCGGACCAAAGCUACCGAGAGGCACGAGAAGCUGAACGAGUGGGAGGAGCGCUACCUGAUGCGAGUAGACGACGACAGGAGGAGGAAACACGAGGACAAGAUGAAGCAUUUCAAGAGAGUCGUCGGAAAGUCUCAGCAACAGGAACACAGCAUGUACGAAAAGGUGCGCCAGUCCGAGUACUCCCGGACCAAGCAGGAACAGGCCGUCAAGAAGAUGCACGAGCAGCUCCAACGGUUACGCAAGAAAAACAGCAGCGCCAUUCGAGAACAGAUGGCAGAUAGUCUGCAGAAGGAAAAGGAGAUGGAGUACAAGCUUCAGCGUGAAAAGGCGCAACUUAUGAAGACCACUGUAGAGCGGGAGACCAUGUAUGAAAAUAUAGUGAAACUUCGCGAGAGGCUACGCGAGGACAAACACAUCAUGGGGGAGGAAGAGAGGGAGCACAUGAGACUACAGAGGAUCGGAAUGAGGACUGACGGUUAUCUCGACCAGGGACACACUCUGACAUCAUUUGGAUAAAAAGCCACCAAACGGCACAAGUAUCCUACCAAGGAUCUCUCCAUCAUUUAAAUUUUGCUGCUUGCGACAGAAACAUGUUUCAACCAUUCUGUCUCCUUUGGAGAACAAGUGGAAAUUUUGUGCUGGAGAGAUUCCUGCAUCCAACACUGCACUGAAUGCUGCUUUCUCAAGAGCAGGGUACAUCGUUACAUUUUUACACAUUGUCAAGAUUAUUGUGAUUUUUGAAUACUGAUAAUUGUUUUUUGUACAAUUGAACCAGUGAUUUAAGGUACUAGUAAACCUGAGCAGGAAUUAUUUGUAUAAAGAGUUGUAUGAUUACUUUUUGUGACAUGUUUGAGUCUUUUCAACAGACAAGGGAUAUCCAGUAGCCUACUUAGCAGGCUCUAUGACUGCAUCAGAAUUUUUUUGGCUUGUAACAUUUUAAAGAGUUUUUCUUUUCUGAUGGCAUGCAUUUGCAGUUCCAAUUGAACUAUAUGAAGGAGGCCAACAAUUACAACAAGGAACUGGGUACUAUUAGAACCGAUAUGCCAUCAGGAAAAAGCCCCCCAAAAGCCUGACACAUAGGGCCUGCCAAGAAGGCUUGUUUACAGAGUAUACAUACUUGCACAGCUGCUAUGGUUUUCUGGAUGUGUUACACACCUCAGUCUUUUAUUACUAUUUUUCAAAGAAACUGAUGUAUAAAGAUAUAUAUAUCUGAAUUAAAAUUGAGAUUGACUAAUUUGAUACUGUAAUGCGUUGGCAAACGCCUAAAAGCAAUAAUGAUUGCCAUGCCAUUGAAUGCAAACAAGGUAGAUUUUGUACAUGGAAGUAAACCUUUCCAAGGUUAUGGCCAUACCAGCACUACUUUAUUUGUAAAUCUGCCACAAAUGGGUUUCAUUGUGCUACCUGUCCAUUUUCUUACUAGGUGAACAACUAUUCUGAUGGACAGCCAGGACCAGUCUGUUAACAUUAGGUAAUGUGACAUUGAACAAACUGUCUGUAAUUGUAAUGGCUGCUGUGUAGUCUUGUUUACAUGUGUGUUAUGUGUGAGCACUGGGAACAAACAUUGCUGUUGUUGAAUGAUUGAAAAAUUCUCCAAAAAUAUGUAAAAAUGCAGAAUUGUGGAAAUGGGAUGACUGAAUACAAUUGAUAGCUUUGCUAGCGAUAUACCUUGAUUGUAUCAAAUAAAACGAACUAGAUCUACUGACACUUUCUAUACAACACAUGACAUGUAGAAUACUAGACAAGUAUAAUGUGUGCAUGUGUGAGUGAAUCCAGCAUGAAUUCUUCUACGCACCUUACAACGUUGAAUUCUGGUUGCCUCGACAAAAAUCACACAAUAAACUUUAUUCUAUUAUAA